AUGUCCGCUCCCCGAUCGCAAGGCAGCGGCGGCGGCGGCGGCGGCAGCAGCUCGCUGGACGCCUCCGGCCUGCCCUUCUCCCCCUCUCGCGAACCCUCCUACGACGGCGCCGUGCCCUCCGCCGGCCCCAAUCCGACAUAUGCCACCUUCUCGCCCGCAACCCUCUCCUCCACCUCUCCGACUGCCACAUCCGCUGCGAAGCGACGAAGCACCAUUCUCGUCCACCAGAAGUCCCCCUUGCUUCUGGCCACUCCUCCCCAGAUCACGCGCGCUCUCGCCUACAGCCAUCCCUUCCUCCUACCGCUGAAUAAACUUGCCGGGCUGCUGAGCUGGACGACGGGCGAUCCGUGGGAGAGCUUUCUCCUCGUCGUCGCCUAUUGGGCUGCUGUUCUCUACGGAGAUGUGGCGAUACGCUAUGCCGGCCCAGUCGUGCUGGUGCUCUUGCUGAUACUCGGCAUGUACGGCCGUCGCUUCAGCCCCCUGAGCAGCAGUGGCUGGAGUGAGCCCGGGCUGGACGGAGCUGCCGCGUCUUCUGUGUCCACGAAGCAGGCAAAAGGGAAAGCUAAGAACACAAAGAAUCUGACAGUGGAGGCCGGGGGGAGCAACACCGCGAGCACUGCUCCUCCGUCGGCCCCUGGAGGCGGCCACCAGAGAACGGCUUCCGAGAUAACGAGCACAAGACACCAGAAGACACUAGACGAGAUUGUAGAGACGCUCAAGGAGUUUACAAGCCGGUGUAACAUACUCUUGGAGCCUCUGCUCGAGCUGACCGACUUUCUCAGCACACAGCGAACGCCGACGUCAGCCACUACGAGACCGGCGCUGACAACGCUUUUUAUACGGAUCAUACUUUGCACGCCGUUCUGGUUCGCGCUCACCUUGCCGCCCUUCCGGAUCGUCAGCACGCGGAGGGUAUUGCUGGUCUUCGGGACGGUAAUUCUGACGUGGCACGCCCGGGUCAUGAAAGCCGCCCGGGUCAUCCUCUGGCGCAGCGCCAGCCUCCGGAGGCUCACGGCCUUGAUCACGGGUUUGGAAAUCGAAAUACCAUCGAAGGAGACGCCGCUUGCAGACCUCAAACCGGAAGCGAGUGCUUCUGUGGUGACGGUCGCGUCGAAGGACUCCACUAAGACCACUACCACGGUCAAGUCGUCACAGGAGUCCGAAUUGACCAAGGCUAUUCGUCGGGCUCGUGGGGCCCACGACGCUGGAGUCAGAUUUACAUUCAUCAUCUAUGAGAAUCAACGGCGCUGGAUGGGGCUGGGAUGGACCAACAGUCUUUUUGCCUACGAGCGACCGGCGUGGACGGACGAGCAUAAUAAUGCUGUGCCGCCGCGCGAUGAGUUUGAGCUGCCUGAAGUGGAAGAUGGCAGCCGUAUGCGGUGGAGAUGGGUGGACGGCAGUAGAUGGAAAGUAGAUGGCGUCCCUGAUGAAGCCGUAAGCCGUGUAGAUGAGAAUGGCCAGGAGGAAUGGGUUUAUGAUGGUGAUGGUGGUAAGCUGGGGUGGGUGUAUUAUGACAAUAAGGUGAGUCGGGGCGUUCCCCUUCAUAUUCCUGAACCUGCGCUCACCAAUGAAUUUUAA